AUGGUUAGGCCGGGAGGAUUAAGCGUUGACUCGUCAACGAAUCACCUCCGGGCUCCGUCUCGGACGGUGACGCUGGGCCGUAUACAGCCUCAGGCUCCGAGUUUCCGUACCGUCUACUGCAAUGAUCGUGAUGCUAAUUUCCCCGUCCGGUUCAAGGGUAAUUCAAUUUCUACAACGAAGUAUAAUGUUUUAACCUUUCUGCCCAAAGGUCUGUUUGAGCAAUUUAGGCGCAUAGCAAAUAUCUACUUUCUUGGAAUCUCAUGUCUAUCAAUGACACCAAUAAGCCCUGUAAAUCCAAUAACAAAUGUGGCUCCUCUGUCGAUGGUGCUCCUCGUCUCUCUUAUUAAAGAGGCUUUUGAAGACUGGAAACGCUUUCAAAAUGAUAUGUCCAUAAAUAACAGUACAGUGGAUGUCCUGCAAGAUCAGCAAUGGGUACCUAUUCCCUGGCGGAAGUUGCAGGUCGGAGACAUUAUCAAGAUAAAGAAGGAUGGAUUUUUUCCAGCUGAUCUUCUUUUCCUGUCCAGCACAAAUCCGGAUGGUAUCUGCUACGUAGAGACUGCAAACUUAGAUGGAGAAACAAAUUUAAAGAUCAGAAAGGGCCUUGAAAGGACAUGGGAUUACUUGACACCAGAGAAAGCUUCUGAAUUUAAAGGUGAAAUUCAGUGCGAGCAACCUAAUAAUUCCCUGUACACUUUCACUGGGAAUCUUAUAGUAGAAAAGCAGACGUUACCUCUCUCUCCAGAUCAGCUUUUAUUGCGUGGAUGCAGUCUUAGGAACACAGAAUACAUUGUUGGGGCGGUGAUUUUUACUGGUCAUGAGACUAAGGUGAUGAUGAAUGCCAUGAAUGCUCCCUCCAAAAGAAGUACGCUAGAAAAAAAGCUCGACAAGCUCAUUAUUACCAUCUUCUGUGCCCUUGUCAUAAUGUGCCUGAUUGGAUCUAUAGGCUGUGCAAUUGUGACAGAUCGUGACCACGAUUAUUUGGGUCUGCAUAAGAAAGAUUGGGAAUACCGUAACGGAAUGACGAUAGCAUUCUUCACCUUUUUCACUCUAGUCACUCUUUUCUCUACAAUUAUACCGAUCUCCUUAUAUGUUUCUAUCGAGAUGAUCAAGUUUAUUCAGUCAACUCAGUUUAUCAACCGAGAUCUUCACAUGUAUCAUGCUGAGACAAAUACUCCUGCCUCCGCUAGGACUUCGAAUUUGAAUGAGGAGCUUGGACAGGAACAAAGGUCGACUGGUGCUGUUAGAGAAAAGGGAUUUAAUUUCGAUGAUCCUAGGCUUAUGCGAGGAGGUUGGAGAAACGAACCUAAUCCUGAACUUUGCAAGGAAUUUUUUAGAUGCCUAGCCAUAUGCCACACAGUCCUUCCUGAAGGUGAUGAGUCCCCCGAGAAGAUCUUCUAUCAAGCUGCAUCUCCAGAUGAAGCUGCUUUAGUUACAGCCGCUAAGAAUUUUGGAUUCUUCUUUUACAGGCGUACUCCAACUAUGGUGUAUGUUCGUGAGUCUCACACGGAGCAGAUGGGAAAAAUCCAAGAUGUGUCUUAUGAGAUUCUUAAUGUUCUCGAGUUCAACAGUACAAGGAAGCGCCAGUCUGUUGUGUGUCGUUUUCCAAAUGGGAGACUUGUACUCUACUGUAAGGGUGCAGAUACUGUGAUUUUCGAAAGACUGGCUUACGGUAUGGAUGAUGUCAGAAAAGUAACUGGAGAGCACUUGGAACACUUUGGUUCGUCUGGGUUGCGUACCCUUUGCCUGGCCUAUAAAGAUUUAAAUCCUGAAGCCUAUGAUAGUUGGAAUGAAAAAUUCAUCCAGGCCAAGUCUGCUUUACGAGACCGUGAGAAGAAGCUAGAUGAGGUCGCAGAACUCAUUGAGAAGGAUCUUAUCCUGAUUGGAUCAACUGCAAUAGAAGACAAGCUUCAGGAAGGGGUACCUACCUGCAUAGAGACCUUAUCAAGAGCUGGGAUUAAGAUCUGGGUGCUAACAGGGGACAAGAUGGAAACUGCAAUUAAUAUAGCAUAUGCUUGCAACUUGAUCAACAAUGAUAUGAAACGGUUUAUGAUCAGUUCUGAAACUGAUGCAAUCAGGGAAGCUGAAGAAAGGGGAAACCAAGUUGAAAUUGCGCGUGUUAUCAAGGAAGAAGUAAAGAAGGAGCUAAAGAAGGGCCUUGAAGAAGCUCAACAGUAUCUGCAUACUGUAGGUGAACCGAAAUUGGCUCUCGUUAUCGAUGGGAAGUGUUUGAUGUAUGCAUUAGACCCGACCUUACGUAUAACUCUGCUCAGCUUGAGCUUGAACUGUACUUCAGUGGUGUGCUGUCGCGUUUCUCCUUUACAGAAAGCGCAGGUUACAAGCUUGGUGAGAAAAGGGGCGAAAAAGAUAACACUUAGCAUUGGUGAUGGUGCUAACGAUGUUAGCAUGAUUCAAGCCGCUCAUGUUGGUGUAGGAAUAAGUGGGAUGGAAGGAAUGCAAGCUGUGAUGGCUAGUGAUUUUGCCAUUGCUCAGUUUAGAUUUCUUACGGAUCUGCUUCUUGUCCAUGGACGGUGGUCAUAUCUUAGGAUCUGCAAGGUGGUCAUGUAUUUCUUUUACAAGAAUCUUACCUUCACUUUGAUUCAGUUUUGGUUCACAUUUCGAACUGGAUUUUCGGGUCAAAGGUUCUAUGAUGAUUGGUUCCAGUCAUUAUACAACGUUUUCUUUACAGCUCUUCCUGUGAUUGUCCUUGGGCUGUUUGAGAAGGAUGUGAGUGCAUCCCUUUCAAAGAGAUACCCUGAACUGUAUAGAGAGGGAAUACGCGACUCCUUUUUCAAGUGGAGAGUUGUGGCAGUUUGGGCUUCUUCUGCUGUGUAUCAGUCGUUGGUGUGCUAUCUCUUCGUAACCGCGUCAGCUUUUGACGGCAAAAACUCAUCAGGCAAAAUAUUCGGUCUUUGGGAUGUGAGCACAAUGGUCUUCACCUGUCUGGUCAUAGCCGUGAACCUGCGGAUCCUUUUAAUGAGCAACUCGAUCACCAGAUGGCAUCAUAUCACAGUUGGAGGAAGCAUAUUAGCAUGGCUCGUUUUUGCUUUUAUGUACUGCGGGAUUACGACGCCACGUGAUAGGAAUGAGAAUGUCUACUUUGUCAUAUAUGUCCUGAUGAGUACGUUUUAUUUCUACUUCACGUUGCUGCUUGUUCCUGUUGUUGCUCUUCUGGCAGAUUUCAUCUAUCAAGUGGUGGAGAGGUGGUACUUCCCAUAUGAUUAUCAGAUAGUUCAAGAGAUUCACAGGCACGAGCCGGAUAGUAGCAAUGCAGAUCAACUUGAGAUAGCGAACGAGCUCACACCAGAGGAGGCGAGAAGCUAUGCGAUAUCCCAAUUGCCUCGGGAAAUCUCAAAGCACACUGGUUUUGCCUUUGAUUCACCUGGUUAUGAGUCCUUCUUUGCGUCUCAACUGGGAAUAUACGCGCCACAGAAAGCUUGGGACGUGGCUAGGAGAGCUAGUAUGAGGUCACGACCCAAAGCACCGAAGAAGAAUUGA